AAGUUUCUCAAUAAUCCUCUCACCUCUCCAUAGUCUUCCUCUCCUUCUCUCCCUCCUUCCUUCACUCUCUUUCUAAAAAUGGAUUUUGUUCCUCUACUUCAAGCAGCCGGAAUCCUUGUAGCCCUACUUGUACUCUCCAAAAUAUGGAUGUCCAAGACCGGUACCCAAGCCCCCGAACCGAAAGGUGCCUGGCCGAUCAUCGGCCACCUCCACCUCCUCGCCGGCCAAACCCCACUCUUCCGAACCCUGGCCGCCAUGGCCGACCGACACGGUCCGAUAUUCACCAUCAGACUCGGGUUCCGCCGAGCGAUCGUGGUGAGCAGCAAAGAAACAAUCACCGAAUGCUUCAGUGUCAACGACCGAGCUUUCAUGUCUCGGCCCCAAACCGCAGCACUCAAAUACAUGGGCUACAAUGGCGCCGGUUCCGCGCUCGGACCUUCCGACGACUACUGGCGCGAGCUUCGUAAAGUCACCACCCAACACCUCCUCACUAACCGCCAUUUGGAGUCGUUGAAGCAUGUCCGAGCCCUGGAGGUGGACUUGUCGAUCAAAGAGCUCCAUUUGCUCAGCAUCAAAAAUGAGUGUAAGGUGAAAGUGAGCGAAUGGUUUAGGCAAGUGACGUUGAACUUGAUGCUACGGGUGAUUGCGGGGAAGAGAUACAACUGCGGUGACAACGAGAGAGACAAGGAGGCAAGGCAGUUCGCGAGAACGAUGGACGAGUUCAUGUAUUUGGCUGGUGUUUCUGAGUGUUCGGAUGUGAUUCCCGGGAUUGAAUGGUUGGAUUUGCAGGGUAAUGUGAAGGCUAUGAAGAGGAAUGGUAAAGAGAUGGAUUAUUUCAUGAGUAUGUGGCUUGAAGAACAUGUGCAGAGCAGGAAAGAAGGGAAGGUGAAGAAAGAUGAAAGAGACUUCAUGGAUGUGUUACGCUUAUCCUAGGUGGCUCUGAUACCACAACUGCCACAUUAACUUGGGCAAUUUCCCUACUUCUAAACCAUCCCACAGCCCUCAAAACAGUGCAACAAGAAAUAGAUAUGUAUAUUGGACAUGGAAAACUGCGACGGGUAGAUGAAUCAGACACCAAGAACUUAGUUUACCUCCAAGCCAUCAUCAAGGAAACACUACGACUUUACCCUUCAGGACCCUUAUCCAUACCACGUGAGUCCAUUCAAGAUUGCCAUGUCUCUGGCUACUACGUCCCCAAAGGCACUCGCUUGAUAGUAAACAUUUGGAAGCUCCACCGCGACCCUCGCUUGUGGGCUGACCCUAAUGAGUUCAGGCCAGAGCGAUUUCUUACGUCACAAGCAGAAGUGGAUUUAAGAGGGCGGCAAUUUGAGCUCCUUCCUUUUAGUGCUGGUAGGAGGUCAUGCCCUGGAAGCACCUUAGCCUAUCAAAUGUUGCAUUUGAUACUAGCUCGACUGCUUCAAGGGUUCAACCUUGCGAUCCUACCGGGGAAUGGAAAAGUGGAUAUGAGUGAGGGGCUGGGGCUUUCACUACCUAAGGCAACUCCAUUGGAAGUGUUGGUCACCCCACGCUUGCCGAGUGAGUUUUAUGAUCAGCCAUAGAUAGACCAUCUUAGUUUGUAGUGUGUAUGUUGCAUAUGUAAUGUGCGGUAAAUGGGAGUGUAUACAAGGUCACCUCACCUCUACAUUUUAGGACUCUUGUACCAAUAAGGUGGACCCAUAUUUACAAUAUUUGUUUUUGGAUUAAGUCCAAGAACUAGAAUACAUAUUUGUGAUAAGAAUUAAAGUGUUUAGUAGAGAUUAAAUGCAUGCAUUGUUGGAAUUUGUAAAAUAAAUCUCAAUCAUAUAUUAAUGGUUUUUGAGAAAA